GAGGAAAAACAGGAAGUGUUGCUGUGCGGACUGACAAAGGGGCUGCGGAGUAGCCGCUAUUCUUCAGGAAACAUGAUUUCCAACGGCAUUCUGACUUGUUUCAUUACUUUGCUGCUUUAUAACAAGAUUCGGGCAUCUGAUUUACCGAUCAACGCCGCAGUUUCCGAGUCGAGCGAAGGCGAUGUCUCUAUUAGAAAUUCAUCUUUAAGCCCUGUGUUGUCUAUGUCGCCUUCGCUCCCUUGGAGUUCUCAUUUCUCUCUCAAUUUGCUGUCCGCGUUUCCAGAGGAUCUUGAAGUCAGCGACUAUUGCCGUGAACUCCUUAAGAUCUUUGCUCUGCGAUAUGUAUGGUAUGUGAAUUGUCUCGUUUCUUCCGCCCGCCCUGUCAAGAUUUGCCAGAACUGUUACCUCGAGUAUAGUGACCUGCAGGAAAUAUACAAGAACAUAUCAUCAGACCAGGUGGGUCCUUCAAACGUCAGCUGCAGAGAUAGCCUUCUGCGCUCCGACAGGCUGAUGCUGGUGUUCGUGCUUUUCGACAACCUACAGGAGAUAUGGAAGCAGUCGGACUGCAAACACUGCCUUGCCCCUGACCUCCACAGCUUAACCAAUGACACCCUGUACUACAUGGCAGUGCUGAACCAGUCGCUCAGCUGCUUUGAGAAACACCAGCAGCAAGGCAAUCAUUCUGAGCUUUGCAAGGAGUGCAAAACGAUCUACAAGCGCUUAAACGACCUUUACAGCGCGAUGGACUCGAACAAUACCCUGUGCAUUGAUAUUGAGGAUGCAAUGAACAUGACCCGCAGAUUGUGGAGCAAGAAUUUCAAUUGUUCCUCAACUCGGGAAGAGACGGUCCCUGUCAUCGCCGUGUCCAGCUUCAUGCUCUUCCUGCCCAUCAUCUUCUACUUGAGCAGCUUCCUUCACUCGGAACAAAAGAAACGCAAGCUCAUUCACCCCAAGCGGGCUAAAUCGAGCAACAGCAUGGCGAACAUCCAGGAGAAGUACAGCUGAGUGAUGGGAUGCUGGCGGUGGAGGACGUGGAGGCAAGGCGGCGCCCCGCCCCUGAAUCCGCCCCUGAACCCUCCCCUGAAUCCCGCCCCUGAAUCCCGCCCCUGAAUCACAGUGUGUUUGCGAAGGUCCUCAAAUGCUGGGAAAGACAGCUUUCAUUUUGCCAUGGCGGGGG